UUUUUAUUGAAUUUCACAAAAUGGGAAGAGAUUCUCCUGAGCACAGAGACCACAGAGAUCGUAGCAGACACCACCGGGCCAAGCGAUACAGAUCUGAGAGUGAAGAGUCUCCUAAACGACGAAGGAAGAGGUCUUAUGAAAGAGAUAGUAGAAAAAGAGACUCGAAAGAUCACCACAGACCCAAAGAGAGAAACGAAAGAGAUCAUAAUUAUGACCCUCUCCAAAAGGAAGAUAAGAAAGAAACUCUUGAUGAUUACAUUAAUUUCCUAAACAAGCAACAUGAAGAAGAGCAGAAUAAAAGGAAAGGUAUAAAACCUGGAGAAAACCCUGAUGAAAUCGUCAAGGAAGAACCUUGAUUCGAGCCCUCAGGAAUCCUCGCAGAAGAGACUAAUAAGGUCAAUGGUGUCGUACUAAAGUUUACUGAACCUCUGAAUGCAAGGGAGCCAGACAGGAAAUGGAGAUUCUACUGCUAUAAAGGUGAUGAAGAGCUGCCAACACUUCAUAUUCAUAGGCAGUCAGUCUAUCUGGUCGGUAAAGAUCCCAGAGUUUGUGAAAUCCUCUGUGAGAAUCCAUCUGUCAGUGGACAACAUGCUGUGAUCCAAUUUAUAGAGUCUGUUAAACAAGCUGAUGAUGUUGAAAACUCAGAAGUCAUUGAUAUAGAGUCAAAGCCUUACUUGAUGGACCUAGAAAGUACAAAUGGCACAAUCCUUAAUGGAGAAAAGAUCGAAGCUGCUAGGUAUUAUGAACUCAGGAGUAAGGAUAUACUGAACUUUGGUCACUCCAAGAGAGACUAUAUUUUGAUGGAUGGAGGUAAAAUAGGUGAAGAGGAAGAAGAAAUGUAAUUUUCAAUAAUUAAAAAUAUUUGU